AUGGAAGCAAAGUAUAGACAAUUGAUUGGCCCUCUGGGUAUCUUAUUUUCAAAAGUACAAAAAAAAAAGGAAAGAAGGGGGGUAAAGUCUAUAUAUGAGCUAAGUGAGCUAAGUGGCCCAUCCAGCUGGAGCUUAACCCAGUUUCCUUAGCAUGAAGCGACUAUAGUAGGAUUAUUGCCACUCUCCCCUCCUUGGAGAGAAUGCCAGUACAUCAAAAGGUCACCUUACCCCCCCUCCCCAGCAUUUUGUAAGGCUUCCCUGACAAUGCAUCAAUACUCAUGACACUCCUGGGCUGGAAGAGGAACUGUGAAAAUAAAGUAUUAUGCCUAAGAACACAACACAAUGAACCCAGCCGAGACUCGAACCUAGUCCUCUUGUCCCAGAGUCCAGGGCACUAACCAAUACGCCACCACAUCUCCCCCUUUUCCCCCUUUUAGAAGUAAUAUUGGUUAUUUUUGCUAAAUUUUCAGAAAUUCGGCUCAUUUGUCCGUAAUUUUUUUUUUUUUUACAGGAAGCAUGUCUAUGUCAGACCAGGCCUCCUCAGAGGAUUCUGGCAUGAAUAUCUCAGAUAGACUGGGUCUGGAUGUCAUUUUCCAAGAAGAAGAAUCAGCAGAACACCUCAGUCUUGAUAUGUGGGGAAGUUGUCGCGCCGACAACUUUCAACAAAAGCUGAAAGAAAAUGAAAGUUUUAAACCACUGAGAGUCCAUCUGAUGAAACUUGUUUCAGACUACUUUAAUAGGGUAAACGUCAGUUACUUUAUUUAUGGUGGUACAGCCCUAGCUGUUUAUCGUGAAGGUGGAAAAAUUAUCAAACACGAUGGCGAUAUAGAUGUGGCUAUUCUUGAAACUGAUUUCUCUAACGUUGUCCGCAAUAUUGAUAAAUUUCCGGCAUUGAAAGACGGUGAUGUUUUAAUGUCAGAUGAAUGUUCCCUUCGCAAGCGAGGCUGGUUUGAUGGGGGAGGAAAGGAGAUUCCAUUUUGCGGAGUCGGAGGGAAACGUAUAAAAUUCAUUGCCACUAGAAAGCUUUUCAGACAGUUUGGAUUCGAGACCGAUGAACAUUUUGAUAUAGGUCUGGCACGUGUGGAUGUUUUUACUCUUAGCGAACAUCCCGAUGAUCCGAAAUGCUUCUGUGUCAACUGGAAUUUACCGGGUGUCUACGAUUACAAAAAGAAAGCCUUCCCAAAAUCAAUAUUUUUCCCUAUAAAAACCUACUCUUUUGAAGGGCUGGAAGUUACUGGUAUGAACGACCUCAAAGCUUAUCUGGAGAUAGAGUACGGGUAUUUAGGCCGAGGCGCUAUGUACGAUUGUAAAACUCAGCUUUACGUCAAAAUACCAAACAACUUGCUCACUCAACUUCCGGGACACAUUCAGAAGUCUUUUCUUAAUGAUUCGUGACUUGCCUUUUUUAAGGAUGUUCAGAUUUUUUUCCUUUAAAGCGUGUCAUAAUUUUAGUAUUCUGAGUUCAGUUCAUUCCCCAAUCGUACUUAUCCUGUAUUUUACUAAUUUCCACGUCCAAGAUGCAGUCUAGUGUCCAGUCAGUCACCUGUGUGAUCCAUAAGCUAGUAGUACGAAAAUUCCUGCAUGAUAUGAAUGACAAAAAACGAGUCACUUUUUAUAACGGUUUAAAAAAAGAGAGUGGCGCAUUACUUUUAGGUUUUGCACGCACAGUCUUAAAUGAAUUCUGCCUAAUCCAUU